AUGAGAUUUUUAGUUGAGUUUCUAGUAGGUUUUCCACAACCUACUUUGAUAAGAGAUUAUGUUAUUCCAUUUUUAUUGAAUCAUAAUUUGAUUACUUCUAAAUCAGUUUUGGAUAACCUGCAUACAGUUUUAUACACAUCAUUGUUUUAUCAUAUUGUUUAUUUAAUUGGUGCUUAUAUUGUAUUUCCACCUUUAUCAAAGCUCAAGAUCGAUUAUGAUGUGAAUCAUGCAAAAGAUAAAGAAGCUAGAUCUCAAAUAACUAAUACUCGUGAAAGAAAGAUUCAAGAUUUGUCUAUUCAAGCAUCUAUUCAUUUUAUCUCUUUUUUGCAAACUUUAGUGGUUUUAUACCUUUCUUUCGUCUUCUUCUUAAAUUCAGAUAUCUCAAGUAAAGAAAACUAUCCAGAUUCAGAUUCAAGAAUCUUUGGAGAAGUUCGUGAAACUCAAUUAGUUUGCAUGUUUGGGUUAGCAUACUUCAUAUGGGAUGCUUAUAUUUCUUCUAUUCACUCCACGUUGGCAUUUACUGUCCACGGUAUUGUUUCAACUGGUGCUUAUUACAUUGGUUUGAAACCUUAUUUACAAUAUUAUGCUCCUGUAUUUUUAAUGUUUGAGCUAUCUAAUCCAUUUUUAAAUAUAAGAUGGUAUGGAUUAAAGUUUUUUCCAUCAAAUAAUAAAAUCAGCAAAAUUGUAUUAUUAAUUAAUAAUUUGAUUUUAAUGAUAAUUUUUUUCUUUGUCAGAAUUCUAUGGGGUUGGUAUCAAACUUUUAUGUUAAUUUAUGAUUUUUAUACAGUGCGUAAUGAUCCAAGGUUUCUUUUGAUUGACACUAUAAUUGUGGUCAUUUGUAAUUUAACCAUUGAUGUACUAAAUGUCGUUUGGUUCUCUUUAAUGGUCAAGACUGCAAUUAGCCUAAUAUUCCAGGCACCAGGGAAAAAACCUAAAAAAUAA